GUCACCACCUGAGAACUCCCUUCGCUUCUGCUGAGCUGUGCCCCAGCCGCCCGGCGCAACCAUGCGAAAAAUUAAAAAAUCGACUUCAAAAGCAAAGAUGCAGAUCCCACUCCCAUUCCCUCGCUGGUGCUUCAUACUCCUAAUCUUUAUGAAUUAUCCAACCCUGGUCCUUCCAAACACCACGGUUACUCCAACAGAGCCUCAGUCGUUUCUGCACCGCGUAGGACAGAAGAAGCUGAUGGAUGCGGAGACCAGAUGCUACCGCCGAAUGCGGGCGUUACCCCCGUACCGAGGAGAAGGUCCAUUUUGCAACCGCACCUGGGACGGAUGGCUGUGCUGGGAUGACACACCGGCUGGAAUAACAUCCCAACAGCAAUGCCCAAAUUAUUUUCCGGACUUUGAUUCAUCAGAAAUGGCUUCAAAAUCCUGCGAUGAAAACGGGGUUUGGUAUAAAGAACCCGUAAAUAAUGAAACCUGGUCUAACUAUAGUCGGUGUUAUGCCUUCUCUCCUGAAAAAAUGAGGAAUGCAUACAUUCUGUACUACGUGGCUAUCGUGGGGCACUCCACUUCUCUUUUCACCCUGUCGAUUUCGCUGGCGAUUUUCGUGUAUUUCAAGAACCUUGGCUGCCAGAGAGUCAGUAUACACAAGCACAUGUUUCUGACUUACAUUCUGAAUUCUAUUACUAUUCUUAUCCACCUAAUCCAAGUGGUCCCCAACGGAAAGUUUGUGAACUCAAAUCCGGUGAGCUGCAAGGUUUUGAACUUUGUCAACCUGUACAUGAUGUCGUGCAAUUAUUUCUGGAUGCUCUGUGAAGGGAUCUAUCUGCACACACUCAUUGUGGUGUCCGUGUUCGCUGAGAAGCAACACAUGAAGUGGUAUUAUCUCUUGGGCUGGGGGUUCCCAUUGGUGCCAACUACCAUCCAUGCUAUUACCAGGGUGCUGUACUUCAAUGACAACUGCUGGCUGAGUGUGGACACCCAUCUGCUCUACAUCAUCCACGGCCCUGUCAUGGCAGCUUUGGUGGUCAACUUCUUCUUUCUGCUCAACAUCGUCCGUGUGCUCGUGAAGAAAAUGAAGGAAAACCAUCAGCCAGACGUGCAAUUGUACCUGAAGGCGGUGAGGGCCACCCUGUUCCUGGUGCCCCUGCUGGGAGUCCAGUUUGUCGUCUUUCCCUGGAGACCCGAGACCAGGAUUCUUGGCCUCAUCUAUGACUACAUGAUGCACUUCCUGAUUCAUUUCCAGGGAUUCUUCGUUGCGGUGAUUUACUGCUUCUACAACAACAACGUCCAAACCACCUUAAAGCGCCAGUGGAAUCUUCUUAAAAUCCGAUGGGAGCAGCGCUUCGGGAGCCCCAACCGCAACUACCGGCGGCGCCCCAACGGCGGCGCCCACGACGUGCGCUCCGAUUACAACAAUAUGCUCAUGGCCAUGGCCGCAGCUGCAUCUGAUGGCAAGGAAGGUGGCCUCCCCGUGUACAUCUGCCAUCAGGCGCCGAAGAACGACGACGCCGAAGUCGCCAUCAACCUGGGCGAGGAGGUUCCCGAGGCCAUCCCUAUGGAAGUCAUCGAGCAGGAGUCAUGCGCUUAAAUGUGAAGCAAGUACAACAUCAUGAUCUCUGAGCCUCCAUGUCCUGGGAGAAAGUCCAACCAUGCUUUUAAAGUGAUCACCAUCCUCCCAGGAGCCAGACAUAUCAUUUGUGAAGAAUUAUUAAGUGAUUUUGUCCAUAGUGAAUCUGAAGAAUGUUCUUCUUGGUACUAUUGCUAUGGGAGACGGUCUAAGGAAUGGAGUCUCCCACUGCCAACACUUGUAAAUUCCAUCUUUCAUCCAGUGCUGAAAUGCAGGUGUAAUGCAAGCAGAGUGUCCAAGAAAAACACAAUUAAAUUGACCUAGUUCAGAUACAGGGUGCUCCUUGUUAAUCUUGAGCCAUUUCUACCUUUAAAAAUCAAAAUCACUGUCAAGAUUUUUAUUUUUAACUCUAAAAUUUGAAUUAGAAUAUUUCUGUAUUUGGCUAUGGAUCUGAUUUUUAAUCUUUUUAUUUCAAUCAAUUCUGAUGUGACUCAGAUGUUUUACCAUCCACACAGUGUAAACCACUCAAAUUGCAACAUGACCUCUACCAGACAAAGCGGCUUUCUAAUAUAGAGAUGAUUACGAAUGUAGGGCAAAGACCUGCACUUGGCAGGAAGAUGCAAUGCUUUGAAUGAAAAAACAAAAUUUUGAGUCAGUUUGCUCGAAACCUUAGACGGGCCAAUUUGUGAAUUGGUUUAUAUGUAUUGUGUGCUCAGCCUGGUUUUGGAUAAUCCUGUCCACUAACUUUUGUAAGGAAUUGGCCUUCGUAUUGAAUGUGCUUUGUUUGCUGACAUUUACAAAUUGGGAGGUCAUGAAAAAUUCUUUGCUAAAUUUUUCACAAAACUGCCAAAAGUAGAAUUCCUAGUGGAAGAGAAUAUUCUCUUUAAAGAGAGUUUUCUACUUUCCUAAGCUCUAGGAUUUAUAAAGCAAACCACUCCAAAGUUUAUAAAGCCGAUUACCUCUUGCCCUUGGGUGCUAUCUAGCAGUAAGAUAAAUUUAAGACUGGUAAUUCAAGGACUCAUCAUAUAAGUCCAUUAUGUAACUGCCUCCACCCAGCUUCAUAGCUUAACAAGAUCUCUGUCUUUUCCUGGAAGACUCAGUAUGGCUGAUUAGAAAUCAGUGUGUAGUUGACCUCUAUUUGCUAUGAUUAGCAAAACCAGAGGAGGAAAAAAAUAUGUAACCACUACAAAUUUAACCAUAUACCGAUUUAUUUGCAAUAGAAGUAGCUUCUCAUUGAAGCCCAAAAUGAUAUUCCCGUGUCUCUCUUUACUUCCUCAAUAUAAAACAACUUCAAAAAUCCCAGAACAAACCAGUAUCAUUACUGGCACUUGAAAUUAAUUUGUGAAUUCAGGACAGUAAUCAGGGGUAUCAUUAUUUAAUUUGUGUGCUAAAUGAGGAGAUACAUUGAAACCCUACAAAUCUCAAGUCUCAUCUAUGACACCUUAUGCCACUGCCUUUAAAAAUGACUUAGUUAUGGAAAGACAAAAAAAGUUAAUUUGUUCUGGUUACGUAUAAAGUGUACUCCCCAAGAAAUUAUAUUCUUUCAGAGAAAUAUUUUGGAUACUGAAGUAGCUUAAGUCUCCUUUACUGAAGGUAAGGGAAGAGUUAUAAAGAGGGUAUUUUUUCAAUCACAGUGUUUAUGUAAUAGUGUUUCUAUUUUUGUUUA